GGCGCGGCGGGGAAACGGCCCGGUCUCGGGGGCGGGGGUAUGGGAUAUUGGGAUAGUAUGCCGCUGAAGUUUGUCCAGUACGUACGUGCGCUUUGUUGUAACGAAGAAUUUUGAAAAAUGGAUGAAAGACUCAUCGAAAGCGUAAAAAAGUUUCCUUGCCUGUGGGACACGAGUUCAGAAUUUUAUAAAUGUAACGAAACAAAGGAUGCGGCAUGGAAUCUCAUCAUUAAUGAAGUAAACAUAAAAGACGUUACAACCGCCAAAUACCGAUGGAAACAACUUAGAGAUAACCAUCGAGAUGCAUUAAAACGUCAAAAUGCAACAAGGAGUGGACAGGCUAGAAGACAACGCAAGGAGUGGAAAUAUCAAAACGCCAUGUCAUUUCUUCUACCGUACAUGUGUAACAGAGAUCGAGCAUCAAAUUUUGAAUCCUUAGAAGACUCGGCAAAUGAGAAUUCAAAUCAGCCAAAUUUUGAUGAUAAUUCUCAAGAAUCAAGCGGUAUCUUGCCAUCAACAUCAAAUAAUCUUACCUCUGUCAAUGUUUCCGAUGAUUCGACAGCAUCUGGUCCGAUUCCUUCCACAUCGAAAAAAAGGAAGAACGAUGAGAUCCUAGAUAUAUUAAGAAAAAAUCAAGAAAACCGCGAUCUUUUAAGACAAGAACGUACGGAAGUUAAAAAUAUGAUGGGAGCCAGGGACAAGUAUGAUGAAAUAGACUCUUUUUUUUUAAAUUUGGCUGCGUCAACAAAAAAGUUGCCAUUUUAUUUACAACUUCAAAUAAAAAAAAAUUGUUUUAAUGCUGUAAUGACAGCAGAAGAAACUAAUUUGCAACAGUCCUGGUAUUCUCCGAAUAAUUAUGGUUACUCUACAAGCUCAACACCAACAUCAGGCAAUAUAAAUAUCAGUAAUAAUACUGCAAAUUCUUCGCAUGUUGAAGAAACUGAGGCUACUACUGAACACUCAUCAACAUUUCCACAAAAUGACAUCAAUAUAUCUACUGCUACCGCUUCAGAUGUUCCAGAAACUCAGAACACUGGAAGAACUGGAACGCCUGUAGUAGAGCUAACAGGUUCGGAGGAAACUGCAGAUCAAUAUGUGGAUAACAAUAUUAAUUUCAAUUUUUGAAUUAUUUUUCAUGGUGUUAACUUAGAAAAUUAAUAAAAGUUACUUUGAUUUUAAAAUGAGUACUUACUUUAAACACACUGCUAACCUUUCACAGCUACUGAUGGAAUUUCGGAAAUUUGAGUCCUGUUUCUGAAUAUAUGGUUGAACCAGAGAGUGCAGCUUAUGAAAAGUAGAUCGAGAAACUCUAUAAGAAUUUUCGAAAGUUUCUUCAUCAGCAGUUCGGAAAAAAGUAUAAUAUUCACCGUGCACUGAACGAUACUUGAUAUGAUUUCUUAACCAAAAUCUAUGUUUUCUUAUAGAAUUAUUAAUAUAGUAUGUUGUAAGUAAUUCGGUUUCUUCCGAGUCUAACAUUUCUUCUUCGAGCAAUGUGAGGUAGUAACAUUUCAACUUUUGCGUCGACAACAUGUCUGUUUUCCGUAAUAUUUCGCGUAUGACUGAACUGACCGCCCGCCGCCCUCCGCUCAAAUGACUCGUUGCGUGAACUCGGCCUAGCUCCGCACAGUCCGUUACUCCGCUCCGCAAUACUCGCUGGCUCCGCACCGCUGCCUAGCUCCGCGUCAAUGGACAGACACAGUCCGUAACUCCGCUCCGCAAUACUCGCUAGCUCAGCUCCGCUGCCUCUCUCCGCGUCAAUGGACAGGCAGCC